UCCCUCAGGACACAGGGACAUCCCACAGGGCACAGGAGCCACAGGAAUCUCUCCUGAGCUGCUGCUCCAUGUAGUGCACGAUGCCUUCCCGCUACCUGAGCUUCCGCUGCAGCGUGCCCUGGCUGAUCCUUGUGCUGCAGGCUCUGCUCCUGCUGCGCUCCUUCUUUGGCUUCCCAGGUGUCAGUGACACCUACUCCUCAUCCAACUCCUAUCCAGAAUUUCAAGAUGUCAACCACAUGGUGAUUUUUGGAUUUGGCUUCUUCCUGAUGGUUCUGAGAAGAUAUGGCUUUAGCAGCACCGGGUUCAACUUCCUGCUCGUUGUUCUGGGUGUCCAGUGCUCUGUGCUGGCAGAGGAUUUAUUAGUUUUCCUUAGGGGAGAGCGAAAUGCAGCUGGUUUGCAAAGCCUAGCAAAGGCUUUUGUGAGCGUGACUGCUGUGGUCAUCUCCACUGGGGCUGUCCUGGGCAGGGCCAAUCCUGUGCAGCUCAUCGCCAUGACCCUGGUGGAAUUAAUCUUCUUCUACAUGAGCAGAUACAUCAACGAGACCUUCCUGGAGGUCCCCGAGCACCUCACUGGGAUGCACGUGUUCCUCUUUGGAGCCUACUUUGGCCUGGCACUCGCCUCCCGCUUCCCUGAGGCUCCCCCGGGGCUGGACAAGGACAGGAGCACCCCAAAGUCAGAGCUGUUCUCAGUGCUGGGCACUGUGUUUGUCUGGGUGUUCUGGCCGAGCUUCAAUUCUAUCCUGCCUUACCUCAAGAUGCAAGCAGUGCUCAACACUUACCUGGCCCUGGCAGUGAGUGCUGUGGCUGCCUUCAUGUUGUCUGCUCUGACCUCCAGGGAUGGCAAAUUCAGAAUGGCUCAGAUCCGCAGUGCAGUGCUGGCUGGAGGGGUCACCAUCAGCUGCACCGCAGAGCGCAUCCACCAGCCCUGGAUUGCCAUGCUCCUGGGGCUGCUGGCCUCUGUCAUCACCAUCCUGGGCUCUCACUGCGUGCAGAGAUGCUUUAAUCCUGCCUUGAAGCUCCAGGAUACUUCUGGGGUUCAUUUCACUUUUGGGUUGCCUGCUGUGCUUGGAGCUGUGGCCGCUGUUGUGCUCACAGUUGUAGAAGAUGGGAUUGACACACGAUGGAAUGAAUUAUCCAGACUGGGUUACGAUGCCUUUGUUUAUAUUGGUGCCUUGUGCCAGACCAUCAGCACUGCCCUGAUAACAGGUUUGAUUACAGGUUUGAUCUUAAACAUCAAACUGCUGAAAGCUGUGCAUGUCUCCAAGUACUUUGAUGACCAGUUUUACUGGGAGUUUCCCCACUUGUCUGUUGGAUUUUGAGUGGAGGAUCCCAGCUGACAGACAGAAUCAAGAUAAGAUUUUCCUCUUUAUCACCAGAAAAACUGAACAGCUAUGACGGCUUCAAAGAGCACUGAAACACCAAUGCUCAGGCCCACAAAAACCACCCCAAUGGACACUCAAAAAUGAAACUGUUCCAGUUAUUCUUGAAAGAUACAGAGUGUGAAUUCACAGAUGCAAACUUCAGGUGCGUGCAGCUUUUCUGCUUUGUUGGCCUUACCUUGAAUAUUUUUUAUAAGAUAUGUAUUCAUGGCUUCUCAAUCCAAAUGCUUGGAAACACUAAAGUAUUUUUAGCUCCCAGGUUUACAAGGCAAAAUGAUGGAUUUCAAAGUGUCAUUUCUCAAGGACCACUCUUAUCUAGCAAAGUACUCAAGGUUUUUAAGCUGAAUUGAUUCUGCUGAAGGCCUUGACAAGCCAGGAUCUGAUGAGUGAGCUGGAGCAGGGCCAGAACUCUGCAUCCUGCCUGCCUGAACUCCUGGAAAAACCUGGAUAUUAUAUAUAACUCCUGAAAAAUCUGGAUAUUGGGAGGUUCUGAUGGCCAGAGCUCAGCUGUGGGUGGUGUUCCUGAAAGCCCUGGGGUUUGGUGCCAAGUGUGACACACAGCCAGAGCUCAGGGCAGUGUCUGGGGGGGACAGCACAGGGGAGGGGGCUCAGUGCUGCCAGCAGCCCGUUCUGGAGAGCAGGACCUUGGGGCCAGAGCAUUCUCUGUCCCUGAACCCUGGGUUUCAGUGGAUUGUGAUCCUCAGUGUUUCUUUCUUUCCGAAAUUGUUUAUACAGAAAACCUUUGAGCAGUGCUUACCUAAUAAAGAGUGAAAACUGAA